AUGGACCCCCAACUGUCUGCCCUCCCACUGCAGCUGCAUGGCAACAGUUUUGCUAUGAGCUCUGGACAAGUGCCAAAACUAAGCGAGGGAUACAAUGAAGGAGGAGCAGGCCAAGAAGCUGAACGUAAUCAGCAAAACAUGACCUCCUCUGCUCAUGUCAGUUCCAGGUUGAACCCAGGUGAACAGUUUCAGUGCCCACUGGAGCCUCUGGUUCACUGCCAUGCCAAGGGCAAGCUGGACAUCAAGAGCAGAAGCUGCAGUCUACUCACCAUCUGCCGCUCAGGAGUUAUUUUUCCCUGGAUGAAUCCACGGACAGCUGACUCUGAACAAUCUGUCAGUGGCGUGGCGGCGGGUCUGACAGGCAGAGGAAGCCUCGGUGUCAGGAGGGAGAGAACGGCCUUCACCAACAGUCAGCUGCUAGAGCUGGAGAAAGAGUUCCACUUCAGCCCUUACCUGUGUCGUCCUCGGAGGCUUGAGAUGGCCGCCGGGCUGCAGCUCUCCGAUCGGCAGGUCAAGAUCUGGUUUCAGAACCGCAGGAUGAGGUACAAGAAGGAGCACAAGUAUGGAGAGGUGGCAGGUCCGUCCCAGGGGUCUCCCUGCGACCCUUCCCUCAGCUUGAGCUCAUGUGAGGACUACUUGGGGUUUCCAGGUGCAUGUGUUGGUAAAACUUCCUCCUCCUCAGAGCUGCACUUCAUGGAUUACGCUACAAUGUCCUCCUCUCUCUUUGGCUGUCACAGUGAGGCCAGCAGUGGUCAGUGUAUUCACCCCGCAGACCAGCCCCAUCUAAACUGCAUACUUCCAUCUGUUGCAAAUGGUCCACCGCCCUCCUGUACAGGCGCUGAUAGUCAUCACCAUGCUGGCAUUUCAAACUGGCCCUAGGGCCCCAUAAUGGCCAUCCCUCCUGUGCUCAUCAAAAUCUCAAUGAUACAUCCACUUUCACUUACUUAUGAAAGACUAGGGGACGUCUUAUUAGCAUCCCUGGGUUGAAAUCCCCUGAACAUUCACCAUUCAUGAAACAUUUUAAUUAAACUAUAUGAACAUAUCUUAAUUAAAGUAGAGCUACAGUGAUAUCAUUUGUGUUUCUCAGGCGCGGUGACUGAAGACUGCAGGUCAAACUUGCUGCUCGUAUUGUACGUACACUGCAUGCACAAGACAUUCGAGCAAUUUAAAAUGACAUGUUUGGCUGUAAUUUUGUGGCUGUUAAAUUUAUAUUGUCGUUGCAUGUUUAUUGCAUGUUGGAAUCAUAUUAUGAGUGGUUAUAUUUCCCUCUGUUGUCAGAUAAAAGCUAAGUGGGUGUCACAUUUGGCCCAUUUUUAAUUAUAUACUGUAAAUAGCAGAUCAUUUGUGUAAAAUGUGAAACUGUGAAAUGGGCAGAAUAAUGUUCAUAUCGAAUGAUGUUAUAUUUUUGUUAAAGCCAUUAAAAGCAAGUCUUUUAUACAGUUCUUGAUUAAUUGAGAUGUCAUAUACUGUACAU